AGGCGAUGUAAAAAUGGAUUGGAUCGAUGGGACGAGUUUGAUGACGAUAAAUGAAUGAAUGAAUGAAUGGCAGAGGGAUUGGAUUAUUGGAUUUCUUCACCUAAUUUAUGGAUUAAUAAACAAAAGCCUCCACAGUUUCAACGGCACAAUUACUUCUUCCCCAAGUGAAAAUCAACAUAUUUAUCAGUUCCGAUUCACUGCAACAUCCGCAUCCAUCAACCACACUUCAUUUAUAUAUAUACAUAAAAAGGAUCGGAUCAAAGGGAUGAAUUUCCUGGCGGGAAGAUCGGCAGCGAAAGAAGGCUCCUAUUUCCUCAAGGAAUCCAAACAGGCCGUCGCCCGAGUCCUCCAGAACACCUCCGGCAGCCCGAUCCAGGCCAAUAAUACCGGAAUUCCAUCCGCCGAUGUUCUUCCGGAGGUGCUCCGCCACUCUUUGCCUUCCAAAAUUUUUCAUUCUCCCGACGACAAUUCCCCGUCUUCCUUCUCCAAGGCCUCCAAAUGGGCUCUGAAAUCCGACCCGAAUAGGCCGCCCGGGUCGGUUGCUUCCGCCGACGCUAUUAACCCUCUUACGGCUUAUGUUUCUCUACCGCAAGUUACUUUUGGUCCCAAAAGAUGGCAGCUGCCGAAUUCUGAGAGCUCAAUUGUAGCAUCGACUGCGAAUGAUUUACGGCAAGACAAGCAUGCUCCCAUCAACCCCGAAAAGCUGAAGGCUGCAGCUUUAGGGCUAUCAAGAAUUGGAUCUGCUUUUGCUAUUGCUACUGCUAUUGUCUUCGGUGGUGUUUCCUUGUUCUUUGGGCUGGUUGCAUCGAAGCUUGAGAUGCACAACGCCGACGACAUUCGGACUAAAGGGAAGGAUUUCAUGCAACCAAAGAUCGAAACAUUUAAAGAGCAAUUAGGGCCCUUAAGAACUUGGGCUGAGGAUGCAUCUCAGAAAUGGCAUAUGGAAAAGGACAAAUCUUUGAAAGAAAAGCCUCUGAUAAAGGAGUUGUCAAGAACAUUAGGUGUGAGAACUUCUUCCUCUUAAAAAAAUGAUCUUACAUCUAUUAUGUUGUUUUUGUAUGUACGUAUGUAAUAUAUAGUUUGAAAAGUUAUACACCAAAUUUUCGUAUGAUUUUGUUAGCUGUUAAAAUUGAACAGUAAAUCUAUCAAAACAAAAUGAUUCCAUCAA